AUGUACAGUCAAGCUGCCUCACGUUCCGAUUUUGCUCUAUUAGAAUCAAUUCGCCAUCACCUUCUCGAAGAUGAACCAGUUCCAGAGAAUAACAAUGGCAUCCAAGCUCGGCCGGUUUAUUGCGAGAGCUUGAGCUUUAAUAGGCUUUUCUCAAUGGAGAAUUGGAGUGAUAUCCUAUUACAAAUAGAUAACUCCAGUCAAACCAUGGCCUGUGACACUCAGGUACCAGAGUCCCUUGAUAUGCAAUGGUCUCUGUGGAAUCAAGUUGAUUCAAUGACCACUACAUCUAACUAUGAGUUUGAAGUAAGUGUGGAGGAUGCAUCCAAUUACUUGCCACCACCAAAAGGGAGGAAUUAUAAGGGAGUGAGGAGAAGGCCAUGGGGAAAAUAUGCAGCCGAGAUUAGGGAUCCCAAGAAAAAUGGUGCACGACAAUGGCUGGGGACUUAUGAGACACCGGAGGAUGCGGCUAUGGCUUAUGACCGGGCCGCUUUUAAAAUGCGCGGUGCAAAAGCUAAGCUUAACUUCCCACAUUUGAUUGGCUCGAGCAAUUACGAACCUGUUAGAGUGACUAACAAGCGUUACUCGCCUGAACCAUCUUCCUUGUCAUCGCCGGUUUCAUCGUUGUCGGAAGUGGAUGAUGAAUCUCCGAAGUCCAAGCGGAGAACAUAUAGAUUUGACUCUUGA